CACAGUUGCUCCAGCACAAAGUGGGGGUUCUUCAGUGUUUGCUGGGUGAACAAGGCUGAGAUGGCCUCUCGUAGGGGGUCACAGCUCCUCCGGGCCUCACUUUCCCCUCUGGACGGCAUGACCCUAACCCCUCACUGCAAGGGUGCGUGGAGAGCAGGGAGGCCUCAGCCCAGCUCCCUCGUCCUCCCGGACCCUUCUUCUGCCACUGUGGCGGCAGCCGCUCCUCCACCUUGAGCCACAUGGAGAUGUGGGGACAUUCCCAGAACUCGGAGGCUCCUGGUCAAUCGAUAAUUUAAUCAAGCACCAGGCGUCCACCGGCUCCGGGUUGGUCCUGGCCAUAUGUUAUCUUGCUAGCUCUGUGCAUGCAGAGGCUGGGAGCUGCUUAGCUCGGUUCCAGAAGAGGAAACUGAGGCGGGGAGGGAGAGAAGGAAGCAGUGAAGGCUGGAGCUGGCAGACCACAGGAGCAGCUGGCAGGAGGUGGGUCGGGGCCUCAGGAAGAGGGACCCCGUGGUCUCAGGAACUGAAGGGGAAGCCUGGGCUUGGACUGGUCUUACACCCUUUGGAUUUCUCCAUGAUGAAUCACGCGGUGAACCUUUUCCCUUUGCCCUGACCCUCACACUUUCUUUCCUGGGGGAUUCCUGCUCCGGGAGUCACCACCCGACAGGUCAGUGCCACACCUGUGUGCUGUGGGCCAUCCUGCCCCCAGAAUCACCAGGGCUGGGCCACCUCCCGCCUUCCCAGCUGUGUCCCCAGAGGCCAGGGCACUGUCCAGCAUCUAGCAGGUGCUCGGGAAACGUUUGUAUGUGAGAUGAAGGAGCAGCCCCCUUUCAGUCUUCCUGGGCGGCUGCUGAGAGGUCACCCCUUUAGUCAGACCAGCUCUCCUAGCUGUUCCGUCCUUGUCUCUGGAAGGAACCCCCACCCUCCUCAUCUACAGGCUGGGGAUUGCAGUAGGCCCUGCGUGCCGGGCCGCGCGAGAGUCAGGGACCCACCAGGACGCUGGGAGGCUGGCAGGGAGGAAGGCGGCAGCACCAACGCAGCCGCGUUUGUUGUUGCUGCUGGUUAAUUCGUCGUUAGUCGGGAAAGCUCCUCGCCGGGGAAGUGGCCGGCAGCGAGCGGGGUUCUGGGGUUCUGGGGCUCGGGCUGAGCGCCCGGGGUGGCCAGCGGCCGACCGCGACCACCUGCUGGCUUCCCAGCCGCCCCAGUCAGCCCCGGAUCCCGGCCAGGCUCCUCCUCCCUGCCACCGGCCUCCGGUGACUGCGGGGAGACGGCGCCACCCCCGUCCCUGGGGCGGAGCGGGCGGGGGCGCGGGCGGCCGUACUAGGAGGAAUACGGCGGCGGCGGCGGCGGGGCUGGGCGGUUUCCCGCCGCGGGUGAAUGAGUCCGACUGCGCGGCCGCCGCCCGCAUCCCCGCUCCGGCCGCGUCCCCCGCGCCAGCCCCGGGAGCAACGCGCCGAGACCCCCGCGCGCGUCCAGCCUCGGGCCGGCACCCCGGGCAGGCGCCGCAGCCCCCGGUCCUUCCGCCCCCAUGAGAAAAACCAACAUGUGGUUCCUGGAGCGGCUCCGGGGUUCCGGGGAGAACGGCCGCGGCGUGGGGGGCGACGCCGGCGACAAGGCCGCCAAGGGGCCGCUGUACAGCAACGUGCUGACGCCCGACAAGAUCCCCGACUUCUUCAUCCCCCCCAAGCUGGCCGCGGGCCCCGCCGAGGCGGAGGGACAGGCCGCGCUGGGCGCGUCCGCGUCGGAGCAGAGCCUGGCCCCGGCCUCGCCGCGCGCGGCCCCGCGCAGCCCCCGCCUGCCGGCCAAGCUGGCGGCCGAGAGCCGGAGCCUCCUGCGGGCCGCGACGCGCCACGUGAUCCAGAUCGAGAGCGCGGAGGACUGGCCCGAGGAGGCCCUCGCCGACCCCCCGGCCCGGGGCGCCCCGAACCCGCCCUCGGUGCCCAAGGCGCAGACGUCCUACGGCUUCGCCGCGCUGGCCGAGAGCCCGCACACGCGGCGCCGGGAGUCCCUGUUCCACAGCGAGCACGGGGCGCUGGCCCAGGUGGGCUCCCCGGGCGCCGCGCGCCGCCGGGCACCUGCCAAGACCAACGGGGGCCCCGGGGAGGCCGGCGGGAGCCUCAUGAGCCCGAGCCGCGGCCUCAGCGGCGGCGAGAGCGACACGGGGUCCUCGGCCGAGUCCUCUCCCUUCGGGUCCCCGCUGCUGUCGCGCUCGGUGUCGCUGCUCAGGGGCUUCGCCCAGGACGGCCAGGCCAAGGUGAGCCAGCUCCGCAAGUCGGUGGGCCGCCACGGCUCCCUGUCGGCGGACGACAGCACCCCGGACACCAGCCCCGGGAGCCGGCGCCGCCUGACCCGCCGGGCACCCCCGGAGCCCGGCCCCGAGUCGGGCCCGGCCGCGCGCGGCGAGCACACGGUCCCCCUGGGCCCCCGGGGCAGCGUGCGGCUGCUGGCCGAGUACCAGGCCGGCCAGGCCCGCCUGCGGGUGCGCCUGCUGGCCGCCGAGGGCCUGUACGACCGCCUGUGCGACGCGCGCGCCAUCAACUGCUGCGUGGGGCUGAGCCUGGUGCCCGGGAAGCUGCAGAAGCAGCGCAGCACCAUCGUCAAGCACAGCCGCCACCCCGUCUUCAACGAGGACUUCUUCUUCGACGGGCUGGGCCCGGCCAGCGUCCGCAAGCUGGCCCUGAGGAUCAAGGUGGUGAACAAGGGCAGCAGCCUCAAGCGGGACACGCUGCUGGGGGAGAAGGAGCUGCCCCUGACCGCCCUGCUGCCCUUGCUGUAGAGGGGGGCGCGCUCGUGGCCCGCUCAGCUGGGGGGUGUGCGCCCAGGGGAGACCCGUCUCUCUC